GACCAGUUCCUCACAGACUGGAUCAUACUGCCCCCUGAUGGCCAAACACUGUAACGUUAUGUAAUGAAAAACAUACAAUUAAAAACCUCAACAUGUUAAAUGGCUAAUAUAUCCUGUCAGAUCGACCUCACUCAGCCAAUGGGACCUCAGGGACCCUUUGACGUCAUCGUCCACAAGCUGUCUGACGUCAUUGUGGAGGCUGAGCACGACAGCCAAUCACAGGAGCUCCUCGCCAACUUCCAGAGUUUUGUGUCAGUUAACCCCAGCACGGUUCUUCUGGACCCGCUGCCCGCCAUGACCCGGCUGCUCGACCGCUUCGCAUCGUAUCGGAUCAUGAGCAAGCUGCACAAUUCACUCCGAGACUGGCGUGUCUGCAGUCCUUCCUACCUGGAGAUCCAGAGUGCUGAUGAUCUGUCGUCCGUUCAACAAGCUGUGACCACACUCAGCUUUCCUCUCAUUUGUAAAACCAGAGUGGCUCACGGCUCCCUCUCCCACGAGAUGUGUCUGAUCUUUAGUGGGGAGGGUCUGGCAGAUGUUCGAGCUCCCUGUGUUCUGCAGAGCUUCGUUAAUCACGGAGCUGUUCUGCACAAAGUCUUCGUGGUGGGAGAGAAACACUUCUGCGUAGAGAGACCCUCCCUCAAGAACUUCCCUCCUGGCCCCUGUGACAGGAACACGAUCUUCUUCAACAGCCAUCAUGUGUCCAAGCCCGAGUCCAACUCUGCUCUCACAGCACUGGACGAGCAGACGCCCCUGCUGCCCCCCCCCAGCUCUGAGGCCGUGGCCGCUCUGGUCAAAGAGCUGCGACUUCAGCUCGGCAUGGCUCUGUUCGGCGUGGACAUCAUCAUCAACAUACACACACACACCCUCACCGUCAUCGACAUCAACAUCUUCCCAG